AUGGCUGACACGAUCCUGCUGUUUUCUUGGUUAGGACAUCAUGGUCAUGUCAACAACGUCACCUAUGUCAGAUACGCCGAGACCGCUCGAGUCAAUUGGACACGCAAUAUCGGCAUUCACAUUGAUCCUACAAAUAAGAAAGAAUGGCUCAACUUGCUCAACUCAACAGGAAUCGGACUUAUCUUGCGAAGUAUCAAGAUCAAUUACAAAUUUCCCAUGAAAUCACCAGACAAGAUCACGGUUUACCAAAAGCUCGUUCACGAUCCAUCUUCCUCAUUAUUCUCACACUCUGCCUUUGAGCUUCAGGUCAUGAUUUUAUCCGAGGCUCGCCAGCGGCUUGCAGCAUACUGUUAUGAGGAUAUCGUCACCUACGAUUAUAUUAAGAAUCGAAAGACCCCUGAACUCCCGCCUUUCAUGCUCGAUCAAUUCAAGACUAUCUGGGAGCAACAAUUGAAGGCGGAGGCAGAAUGGAAACAGCGAAUUCUGGAGAUUGAGAGCCGAGUCCGAACGCUAGAGGUUGAAAGCUGGGACCGGGCUGAUGCAGUUGAAGAUACUGGAUCUGCAAAGCAAUGA